GCCGCUGGUUAUCAGUUCGUGUCUUGCUCCCCGCUCGCCAACUAUACCAUUGUUGGGAAUACAGUGAGACUGGCCCAGACGAAGAUGUACACUGAGAGCACCAUUCUUCUGACCAUCCUGGCGUGGGCGAGCGCAGGCGUCGCACCCGUCGCACCAGUCGCACCCUACGGCGGCCUCUACGACGGCAAUCUCAACGUCCCGGGCUACCCUCUGGCCCAUGGCAACAGCUACAUCAACACACACUACGGCCCCGGCCUCGGCCACGACAAGAUCUACUACCCUCCAGCCUCGCUUCUCACUUAUCACCAGCCCAUUCCCAACUACGGGGGUCACGGCCACGGUUAUGGCUACGGCUACGGCUAUGGCUACCCCGCCACAGGCUACGGCUACGGCUACCCCGCCACAGGCUACGGCUACGGGAACCACCAUGAUAACUACGACCACCACGACGACGGGGAGCAUUACGAUGGGCACCAUGACGACCACCAUGACGAUCAGCACUCCUACCCAAAGUACGCAUACAACUAUGGCGUUAAUGACCCGCACACCGGGGACGUGAAGUCGGCUUACGAAGAACGCGACGGUGACGUCGUGAAGGGCUCCUACACAGUGAACGAACCCGAUGGCACAAUAAGAGUCGUUGAGUACACGGCCGACGAUCACAAUGGCUUCAAUGCCGUCGUCAAGAAGAUCGGCCACGCGGUUCACCCGACGCCCAUCCACGAGGACCAUCACGACCAUGGCUACGGUCUGGGAUACCGCUAUGGCCAAGGCUACGGCCAUGGCCUCGGCCACCUCUACGAUAAGAAAUAGGAUCUAGAGAGACCGAUGGAUUGUAGUUUAAGUUCUCGAGUCCAGGCCCCGAUGCUUCCUGUGUCUGGCACAUCCUAAACUCGAGACCUCGAGUGCACCACGCCUAAGGAUGUGACGUUGAGCCGCUCGGGCUAGAGCCAAAACAAGCACGAGGGAUAUCAUUUUGUAAUGUGUACCUUUUUGUCGUGUACUAUGGGCUCGACGCACGAUACUCGCGUAGCCAAAGUCUUCUGUUACUUCAUCUUUCUUUGUUUUUUCUUUUCUUUUUUUC